UGAUACUCUGUUAAAGUGUUAAUAGUCUAAUACUAAUUGUAGGAAAAAAUGUCAGAGUUAUUUACAGUAGUGACGGAUUGAGAAACACUUUAAUACUGCUUUUGAUUUUAACCGUGAGUUAUCCAACCACAAUGCCACACGUAAAAACGGUUCAAAUUUCAAAUUGCUGGCAGCGAUUUUGUCGUAGUUCCUGUUAUCAUGCGCAACGAUCACCACUGAAUAUGUCUGCUUAUAACCGGUUCAUUGGCGAGUUCCUGUCUGCAUUUACGAUUAUUUGGACACAAUUGUUGCGACUAGGAGCAAUCUUUUUAGUGGAAUAGUGCUGUUGCGCUUGUCCGCAUUCCGCAAAAUGCACAGGACUACCAGAGUUUUUCCGCAAUGGAUGUCUUUCUCGUUUUAUGUCUUUUUUCUCAUAUAUCUGAGCAGUUUUUGCUACGAAUGUAAGAAGGCGGACGAUAAUAGCCAUCAUGAACGGGAAAGAGAUCGGAGACCUCCUCCAGAUGAACCGAAAGAAACACGACAACCUACACCUUGCGAAGAGUACUAGUCCAUGAAAUGGAAGAAAAAAUGCAAAAAACAGCAGCCAAAUUGAAGUUGGAUUUGGGAUCGCGGCCGGAAGGGCCGGAUUCGCGCAAGCUGGAUUACAGUCGAUCGGAGCUUCGCUUGAUUGAAAUUUUAGACACUGCUUGUGACGAUGUUAGCCAGUACUACGUGCAUGUUAAGGAUGGAAUGCAGAGAUUUGCCAAGCAGGAAAGCGAAACUCUGGAUGCUCUGAACUCGUUGAGACGAAAAGGAGUGAAAGUUGAAAUUGGAAUGCCAUGGGAAAUCGUGGACAAACAAGCGAAUAAGGAAAUAAUGGCGCUAAAGCGUAAAUGCGAAGAAGUGGUCGAGAAAUACGAAGAUGAUCUGAGCGCUUGGUAUUUUCAGCAACAAGAUACGAAGCCGCUAACCGAUUUUAUAUGCCGAGACAGACUGCUGAAGAAAGAAAAUCAAACGUGUUUGGACGAGAAAUGGCAGCCGUACGGUGAUCGCCCUGUGACAACCGAAGAAGAGAAAGAGCAAGAACGAGAAGAGGGUCGGCAAAAAGUUAAAAAAUGGAAGCAAGAAGAGCUAGAAGGGAAAGACAAAGAAUGGCAAGAAAUCAAAAACCGAAAAAUGGAGCUGUGAGGAUACUCAAUAGGGAUAGAAAAAGAGAGGAUGGAUAUUGAACUACGAGUAUAGUACUUUAUCAUUUACUUUUAGCGUUUUUAUUUAUUUUUAAUUGUGGGAUCUGGGUUUGGACCUUUGAUGAGAUUGUGGCUUCCAUUCUUUUUGCACUCGCAUGCGUUUUUCUAAUACGAAGCAAUGAUUUUACUGCACAGCCUCGCUUUUGCAGCUUAUGGUUAGCCAGCGGUGAGCCGCGAUAACAAAUUGCUCAACUGCUUAUCACAGAAAUCCAGUGGUGUUUUUUCAUCCUGCAAUCACAAUUUAAUUUAGCUUGCUGUCAUUUCAAAACUGGACCAAAAUUUAUAAAACAGGUACUGCUGAUAUGCUACUGAUACGA